GGCGGUCGGGACGGAGUAGCAGCAUGAAUGCGCACCUGCCCAGCCAGCCGGGCAGCUUGACGAUGUACGCCUCUCAAAUGAAUGGCUACAGGACAUCACCUGCUUUCCCUCACAUGGACAGAGACCACGGUUCAAAGUCAAGUGCAAAGGCCCUUUAUGGACCCGACGGAUCUUAUUUCUUCAGGUCAUCCUCGAAACAAAAGAAGAAAGAACAAAGGAAGAAUUACGCCCGGGACAGUGCGAGCAGUAUACCUGAUGUUUCUCAGUACCGAGUCGAGCACUUGACGACGUUUGUCCUGGACCGGAAAGAUGCCAUGAUUAACGUGGAGGAUGGAAUCCGCAAGCUCAAGUUGCUGGACGCCAAAGGCAAGGUGUGGACGCAAGACAUGAUUCUGCAGGUGGACGACCGAGCCGUGAGCCUCAUUGACUUGGAAUCGAAGAAUGAAUUGGAGAAUUUCCCUUUUAGCACCAUCCAUCAGUGCCAAGCUGUGAUCAACGCCUGCAGCUACGACUCCAUCCUCGCCCUGGUUUGCAAAGAAUCCACGCAGAACAAGCCUGACUUGCACCUUUUCCAGUGCGAUGAGGUCAAGGCAAACCUGGUGAGCGAGGACAUCGAGAGUGCCAUGAGCGAUAGCAAAGGAGGGAAGCAGAAGCGGCGACCAGAGGCGCUCAGGAUGAUUUCCAAGGCAGAACCUGGCAUUCCGCCACCCCCCAGAGCCCCGGCCCCCGUGCCCCCGGGCACCGUCACCCAGGUGGACGUGAGAAGCCGGGUGGCCGCGUGGUCCGCGUGGGCCGCCGACCAGGGCGAGGCGGAGCGGCGGCCUCACCCGGAGCAGGAGGAGACGCCGGAGAUGGCGGCCGCGCGCAUCGACAGGGACGUGCAAAUCUUAAACCACAUUUUGGAUGACAUCGAAUUUUUUAUCACCAAACUCCAAAAAGCAGCCGAGGCGUUCUCUGAGCUUGCUAAGAGGAAGAAGAGCAAGAAGAGUAAAAGGAAAGGCCCCGGAGAGGGUGUUUUAACACUGCGGGCAAAGCCUCCACCUCCUGAUGAAUUCGUAGACUGUUUCCAGAAGUUUAAGCACGGCUUUAACCUUCUGGCCAAGUUGAAAUUGCACAUCCAGAACCCAAGCGCCGCGGACCUGGUCCACUUCCUGUUCACGCCGUUACACAUGGUGGUCCAGGCUUCCGGAGGCCCCGAGCUGGCCAGGUCCAUCCUGAGCCCCCUGUUGACCAAGGAGACCCUGGACUUCCUCAGCCACACCGUGACCUCCGAGGAGCGGGAGCUGUGGCUCUCGCUGGGAGACACAUGGCUCAAAGCCAGGGCGGAAUGGCCGAGGGACCAGUUCAUCCCCCCCCUACGCCCCGCUUUCCGGCACGGCUGGGAGCCCCCGGUGCUCGGCUUCCCCGCGGCGGAGCAGCAGGAGCGGCCGCCCCCCACCGAGGGGCUGGAGACCCCGCGGCCAGCUCGACCCCCGGAGACCGCCGUCCUCGGAGCCUUCCAGCGUCUCCGAGUACCCAGUCGUCCGACCCGUACUCCUUCUACAGCAGCAUGUACCCCAGGGGGACCACACCCGGACCAGGGGGACACCGCCGCGGGGUUCCACCCGACCCCCAACCGCCACGCAGAGAGCCAUCUCCCCGUUAUCGUCGUCCUGCGGCUCCUGACACAUUAUGGGGGGCCGAGGAAGGGAUUUUCGAAGCUAACGAGCCGCACCCCCGCGCAGCCCAGGAAGUACGCGCGCUCCAAGUUCGACUUCACGGCCAGGAACAGCAGCGAGCUCUCGGUGCAGAGGGAUGACGUCCUGGAGGUCCUGGACGACCGGAAGCAGUGGUGGAAGGUGCGGAGCGCCUCCGGCGACGCGGGCUUCGUGCCAAACAACAUCCUGGACGUGAUGGCGGCCCCGGCCCCUGGAGGCCCCCCGUACACGCACACCAUCCAGCUGUUGAUGCCAAAGAAGAGUUCGAGCUGUUCAAGGUAA